AUGGAGGAAGGGUCAUAUGAAAUCAUGGACAUGGAUGGGACUCCAGUCACUGAGCAAAAUUGGAGAACUUUGGUGUCCGCCGGAUCGACGCUGAGAAUUCGCUUGCUCGAUACUGGCUUGGGGGAUGAGAAGGACCAACAAGAAAAUGAUCUUUCGAGAGCUCAGGAUCAACCUCCUCAAAAUGCGGAAGACGUUUCACUUGCGGAGUCUAUCGAUGUCUUUGAAGCGGAUUCUGGGCCAGAAAAUCAAGACUACGACGAGUCUGCUGGAAACCCGAGCCGUGACGCUUGA